GAACCAAGCACUAAACGGGUUAAACCACUUUCAAGGGUCACAUCACUAGCAAAUCUCAUCCCUCCAGUACGGGCAACACCUUUGAAGAGAUUCAGCCAAUCACUUCAGCGUUCUAUCAGCUUCCGGGGUGAUAGUCGUCCAGACCUAUUUACACCGAGACCUUGGUCAAGAAAUGCCCCUCCUCCUAUCACAAAGCGCAGGGAUAGCAAGCUGUGGAGUGAGACAUUCGAUGUUUGUGUUAAUCAAGUGCUCACUUCCAAGGAGAUCAAGCGCCAGGAGGCUAUUUUUGAGUUAUCCCAAGGAGAGGAAGACCUAAUAGAAGACUUGAAGCUGGCAAAAAAGGCAUAUCAUGACCCAAUGCUGAAACUCUCUAUAAUGACAGAAGAAGAGUUGAUGCAAAUCUUUGGCACCCUGGACUCUCUUAUUCCCCUCCAUGAAGAUCUCCUGCAACGCCUACGUGAUGUCAGGAAACCAGAUGGAUCCACAGAACACGUUGGGCACAUCUUAGUAGGUUGGUUGCCCUGUUUAAACUCCUAUGACAGCUAUUGCAGUAACCAGGUGGCAGCAAAAGCCCUUCUGGACUACAAGAAACAGGACCACAGAGUACAGGACUUCCUGCAGCGCUGCUUAGAGUCACCUUUUAGCCGGAAAUUAGACUUAUGGAAUUUCUUGGAUAUACCCAGGAGUCGACUAGUGAAAUACCACUUGUUACUGAAAGAAAUUCUCAGGCAUACCCCGAAUGACCACCCCGACCAGCAACACCUGGAGGAAGCUAUUAAUAUAGUUCAGGGAAUCGUUACUGAAAUUAAUGUAAAGACGGGGGAGUCGGAAUGUCACUAUUACAAGGAAAGGCUGAUUUAUCUUGAUGAGUGUCAAAAGGAUCCGCUGAUUGAUAAUUCCCGAGCACUGAGCUGUCAUGGAGAGCUGAAGAACAACAGAGGAGCAAAAUUCCACGUAUUCUUAUUUCAAGAAGUUCUCGUUAUUACCAGAACCAUCACACAGAAUGAUAAACUUUAUUAUCAAAUCUACCGUCAGCCAAUUCCUGUAAAGGAUCUCAUACUGGAGGAUUUACAGGACGGGGAAGUUCGUGUUGCAGGGUCUCUACGUGGUGCUUUCAGUAACAAUGAAAAGAAUAAAGAACUUUUUCCGCGCAAGCUACAAGAAUGGCUCUCAUACGCAGUCUCAUUCUCUCCAAGCAAAUGACACUUUCAACAAACAGCAGUGGCUGAACUGCAUCCGGCAGGCCAAAGAUUCUGUUCUCUGUUCUGGAGGGGAUGACAUGCUUCCUUCAGAAGGACAUUUAUUAAUACCUACAGAGGGAUGUAAUAAUGUUCAGCAGGCCACACGAUUUGAACAAAUGGACCAGUCAGACAGUAUCUCAGACUGCAGUAUGGACACAAGUGAAGUUAGCAUGGACUGUGAACAGAUGGAACAUACGGACUGUAGCACACACAAACAGGUUGAGAGUGAUAUUUGA